UUCUCCCCAGCACUCGGAAGCGAACAGAUUCUCGCGUCCGCCGUCCUGUUCUUCUUUCUCGCGUCGUUUCUUUGCUGCCGCCCGAGUCCCCCUCCUCCGUCGCCUGGUUUACAAAUUCCAAUCCCACCUUCCAACCACUACUCACCCACCAGCGCAACCUGAGCAAUAUGGCUAGCCCGCAGUGCUGCGCGAACCCGCCAUCAUUGAACCCUGCCGGCGGGGAGGGCAAGGUCGUCGACAGCAUCGGCGGGGUCAAGGCCUACGUUGCCGGCGCCCAAGACUCCAAGGCCGCCAUCGUCCUCAUCUCCGAUGUCUUCGGGUUUGAAGCGCCGAUUCUGAGGAAGAUAGCCGAUAAAGUUGCUUCGUCCGGAUACUUUGUCGUGGUGCCAGACUUGUUACAUGGGGAUCCAUAUGUACCUGAAGACGCUGAUAGAACAAUACAAGUGUGGCUAAAGGAGCAUGCCCCGAUCAAGGCAUUUGAAGUGGCAAAACCAGUUAUUGCUGCUCUAAAGGAACAAGGAGUGUCUAGUGUUGGGGCUGCAGGUUAUUGCUGGGGUGCAAAGGUCGUAGCAGAGUUAGCGAAAGCUAAUGAGAUCCAGGCAGCUGUUAUGUCACAUCCUUCUUUUGUUACCGUUGAUGAUAUCAAAGAGGUUAAAUGCCCCAUCGCUGUACUUGGAGCUGAAAUUGACAGAACGUCCCCACCAGAAUUGGUCAAGCAGUUCGAGCAGGUUCUAUCCUCUAAUUCAGAGAUUGGCUCCUUUGUUAAGAUUUUUCCUGGGGUUUCUCAUGGAUGGGCUGUCAGAUACGAUAGCGAUGACGCAGCUGCUGUGAAGAACGCGGAGGAAGCCCUGAAGGACAUGACUGACUGGUUUAACAAGAACCUCAAGUGAACCUGAAGUAGUCGCCCUCCAUUUCUAAUAAGCCAUUCUCACUCUUCGCCAGCCAUCAUGCAAGAAUUAAUCCUGGGUUUAUGGUAUGGUAUUUGCCCUGCAUCUUUGUCUGGCGCUGGUGUGCUGGUAUUGGUAUGCAUGUGAUUGGUCGUUUGGGGUUCUGUUUGUGCUGAACACUGUACCAUGCUCACUUAAAUAAAAUUUGACAUUUGUCUC